UUUUUGUUUUAAAUUCAAAUCUUCAUAGCUAACAGAUAUUAGAGAUUGUCAGUUAAGAGAAAUAUCCGAAAAGUUAACAGAUUAUGAAAAUAUAUUGAAAGAAAUGAAAAAGAAACGAUGGGAAGAAGAUCAAUGGGAAUAUUAUCUUCAAUCUGGAGGAAAAACAAAUCCUCUUAUUCCGCAAGAAGUGAAUGAUUAUAUAUCUAUUUGGAGAGAUUUGACAGAAAAUGAAAGCACCAAAGAUAUUAUGCGAGAAUGUCAUAGUUGUUUACAGUUAAUUAAUAAAUUAGAAACAGGUCUAGAAGAUGCUCCCGAAAAAAAUUCUAAUUGGAUAAUAUCACACAAGAAUCUUCAAGAUUUAUUACACAAGAAAUUGGAUAAAGCAACUUAUAUAUUUCUUCAACAUUCAAAUGAUUAUUAUGAUCCGAACACAUAUGAUGUGCAAUACGUAGAAACUGACAUCAGUGUUUUAGAUCAAAGAGAGAGAGUGGUUAAGAAACCAUCAAUUAUAUUAUGUCUAUGGACUAGCAUUUCGCAAAAUUCUAGGCGUAAAGGACCUUCCUUCACUGAAUUCGGCUAUUCUUUGCAAUUACCUGACACAUUAUUGUUAACUAUUUGUGCUGUGCGUGUGUUACAUACAACAUUCGAUCCAUUUUCGAGUGAUUGUACGAUUACGCCAGAUUCAGAUACGGAAUUAUAUUCUCAAUCAAUUAAAGAAGGAGCAUCGACUGAAAGUGAUAUAGGAGCAUCGACUGAAAGUGAUAUAGGAACGCCGUCUUCAAAUGCUACAGAAAGGCAAAGAAAAUAUUUAGAAGCAUUUGAAGUGCCGAAAAGAUAUACACGCCAAAGCUCAAAUCUAAAAUUGGACAUUUCAACUAAGUAUAUUAAGAAAGGUUUGCGAAGAAGGAAACGUAAACCUAAAUCCAAAACUGCGGUAAUUAAAGUUACGGACUUACAGUCGAUGUCCCAUAUUAAGGAAACAGAAAGGAAUGAUUUAGACAAUUUAAACUUUGCACAACUGAAGAUCACUCAAAGUCACACAGUCGAUAUGAAAAGUUAUUACGUUUUAGGUGGAGUUAUUCAUAUUGAUCUGUUUACCAUUCCUCCUUUACCUGUUGUUUCGGGAUGUUGGAUUGUGCAACAAGUAGAGGCAGAACAGGUACCGAAACAUAAACCAUAUGAUGUAAGCGGCUUAAUGAAAACUGAAACGGAAAUAAAUCGAAAUUUAACAGACAAUACUGAAGAAAUAAAUGACACUAUAAUUGUAACUCUACGAUUACCCAAACACAUUAUUUACUUACAUCAAGUACAACCAGCUUUUUGGAAUGAAAAAUCUUCAGUUUGGACUACAGAUGGUUUACAAGACGUGGAGUUCCAUAAAGAAAACAAACUCCUUACUUUUAAAAUGACGCAUUUUGGAGUGAUUGGAAUUAUACAAAAGAAAAGCAUAAAUUAUCCUUAUCAGUUUUGGGAACUGACGCNAAGAAAGAAAAGAAUUAUGAGAAGCACUGUAAACGCAUAUAUUGUAUAA